AAAUUCUCUUCCGUAAACAGUUCUAUUGGGAAAUCUAACCUAGCAGUAUGCGAAAUACUUUGAAAAUACAAAUGAAAGUUUACUUUAAAGUUUGUUAUGUUCUUUAAACUGUUUUUUGUGUUGGCUUGCUUAUCUAAAUGCUAUUGUUUGAACAGGGAGGAUGAUCAGGAACACUGUGAUCAGCUCAGACAGUGGCUAGAAUCUUCCACUGUGUCCCUGAAGCUCAGCAAGAAGGGCUUCCACAGGGAGGUGACAACCACUGUUGAUCUCGUACAAGUUGGACUCAGUGGUGCCAGGGCUUUGCUGCUUUACAGAUGGCCGAAUGGUGUCUUUGUAGAUCCAUAUCAACUGGCAUCCCAGAGUGAUCUAAGUAACUGGGAGAUACUGCUAGAUUCAGCCAUUGACCUAGAAGUGCCUGCUCCCAAGACUUCAGGAUUUCUUACCUAUGUGUUCCCCUCCAACACUGGACCGGCUCCUAGUUUCCUAAAAGUAACAAUUCCAAUACACGGACGUUAUCAUGAGCCUUCUUCUACUGGAGAAACGUUCACAUCUGUUCAGAUUCAGCCUCCUGAGCUGCUACUGCGGACUGAAAAAUGCACAGAUCUUCACAGAUUUGAGUCUCAUUCUGUAGUGGAUGCUCCCUGUACUGUCAACAAUUCCAGCACAUGUUUAUGGGUCAAAAAACCUCUGCAGCAGGAGCCCAGCACCGUCAGUAUCAUGUUACCGGUUGGUGACGGGUCAGCGACGACGCUUGUAUGUGGCGGGACUCUUCUUGUGACUAUGAUCUGCUGCGUGAUGCUCUCUAAAUACAUGUUGAAACAUCGAAUCAUUUAAGCUGCAACAGUCAACAGAGCCUGUGCUCAUCAGGUUAUAAUGUUAAACAGUUGUGUCUGGGACCAGGAUCAUUCUAGCUGUUUGUAUCAGGUGUGGAAGAAUUCCAGGUAUCUACAUUAAAUUCACUCCAACGAGCUUAA